UGUCAUGGGAUACUUGAUUGUUUGUAAAUAUUUUGUAGGUAUGUAUAAAAACCUUUUCUUCUACACUCCAUUUCGAAUCGCGAAGUCCAAGCCAGCGAGUCGGUCGCGACAUUUUCCCGCACGGAUAUCGCACAAUUUCGCUGAUUUUCGCGACCGUAUAUGGGAAGCUUAAGAUUAAGGAGGAACAAUGUCGUUAGUAACUACGCCUCGGAAAUUACCAAUAUUUGUGUUUCCACAAAGUAUUACGUUCCACUUGGAAGACCAAUCCACCCACAAACAAGUGUUAACUUUGUAUAAUCCAUAUGAAUUUGCAGUAAAAUUCAGAGUUUUAUGUACUGCACCAUACAAAUAUCAAGUAGUCGACCCAGAAGGCGUAAUAAAAGCCAGUUCUUGUGUUGAUAUUGUCAUCAGGCAUACAGCAGUCUCGGUGACUAAUUGCAAUAUAGUUGACAAAUUUAGGAUACAAAUGUAUGAGUAUCCUAAUAAGCAGGUAAUUGGGAAAAGAGAUGUAGAAGCUAAACUUCUUCCUGGAGUAAUGGAGACAGCUGGGAGGGCGACACCAGAUCCAGAUAUAUUUCAACAACUUCCAGUAAAUGAGAACAGGCAGCAGGAACCUUAUGCGAUUAUAAGCCGAAAUAAAGCAAUAGACCGCGGUACAAAUUAUGUGGCGCUCAUCGCAGGACUGAUAUGCAUAAUUGGAUUACUUUUACCCACUGAAGGAGAACAAAAUCAUAGACUGCCCGAAUAUCUCCAUCUUUCUGUGAAUUUUAAAUUAAUAUUUUCAUUUGUGUUAGGUAUGGUUGCAAAUAUCGUUUUAGGACUAUAAUUCUUAGUAUUUUAUACAACUUUUUACACAGGAUAGAGAAACAUAGAAUAAAAUUAAUUAAACAAAGGCCUCCUUUCUUAUGAAAUGUACUCGAUUCUAGUCCACAAAUUUCAAUUGCAUGGUAAAUUUCAACAUUGUAUUGACAAACUGAUAUUUGUUUUUUAUAAUCAUAUGAUUUUUUUAUAAUUAUCAUAUGAUUAAAUAUAAAUUGAAUGACAUAAAUAGUAAAUUAUGUUAUAUAUUUUUCGUACGAGUAUAUAAAUGUUAUAAUAAUUAGAUUUUUUAUGAUAAAUAGUGUGUAUGUGUGUACAUAUUAGUGUGAAGCAAUCUCAAAAUAUGUAUGAUAAGAUUCUGGCUCGUGAACUAUUCCAGGCCUACUGGGAAACUAAUAUAAUUUUAUUAUUUAAACCAUGCGGUCAUGUAUAUAUACCGACGAUAAAUUGUAUAUGUCCUUUAUAACCAUAACAUGAAACAACGCGUUAAUACAUAUAUUACCAGUUCAUCUGAUUUUUAUGUUGUAUAUAUAAUCAUUGUAAUAUAUAUUUCGCCAUUCGUAAUGAUCACUUUAUAUAUUCUAAUUGCCAUGAUCUCAUGUAUAUACAGCUAGCUGAAAUGAUCUUCCUGUUGUAUAUAAAGUUGAAUUAAAAUUUAAAUAUUAAAAAUAUCUAUAAUAAA